UUUUUUAGAAAUGAAAUUUUCUUUAUCUCUUGGGGUGAAACGAUGCAGAAGGAAUGUUGAAGAUUGGUUUCGUAGAGUUUGGGAAGUUGGUUAUGUUGGGCCGUCACUUCCAAAAAAGAAAUGUACUGGAAAGCAGGAAGUUCCAAUAACUGAAGAAUCAGUUGAUACAACAAGACAACAAUUAAUGAGAGAAUGGAAUGUUAUGCAAUGGCUAGCAAAUCCUUAUUUAAAUGCUGAACGCGAGAGGCCAUAUAUUGAACAAUAUGGAGAUGUUGUUGAUCAAUGGAGGCAAUCACAAAUUGAAGCUAAACAACGCAAAAUGCCAAAUAAACCAAAAAUUUUUAAAGUUUAUGAUGGAAAUUUGGAAAAGAGACGGGCAAAUGUUGGAAAUAUGUUGCAUUCACAUAGGACUGUUGAAGACCAAAUGAAAGAUUUAAUUAGAUUGACAAGAUGGGAUUAAAUGCAAUUUUUGAAUUUUUUGAAUAGUUAUUGGAUUGUUUUUAAAUAUUUUGUUUUAAAAGUUUUGGAAGAAACAAAAAUGAUUCUUUUUGUCGUCAUGGAUUUUUGUUGCCCUGUUAUAGUAAAUGACGGGUUUCCUUUUUUAAAUUAUUUAACGGGAAGGAUGAAUAGAAAGAGAGAUGGAUUUAGAAGGGGUAAACAUCAACAAAUU